GUCAAUUUGUGGAGGCUGAGCGCACGCACGUGUGUUGUCGUCUCCCAUAAAGGCAUCUGCUUCAGUCUUCAGUCUGUCUGUUGCAGCACAAAGGGGUGGGGGCGGACCACGCAUAGCACCACCACAAGAAGACGAUGCCAAGGAGGAGGAGAAGGAUGCAGCAGCUCGGCAACUCUGCCUGUUGACGAGAGUUCGGCAAGCUCGGACCCCCCCCCACUCCACACGUGCAUGAGGAGCCAUGGCCAGCGCCCAGCCGGGGGUCCACGCCUUAAAACUCCAGCCACCUGCCGUGUCGCCAACCUUGAGGAACGGCAGCAACUUCAUCAAAUGGGACGAGGAUCUUUCCACUGUAACUCCUGUGACGCUCUUUGUCGACCCUCAUGGACUUUAUCUGUACUGGACCGACCAGAACAAGGAGAGCGAGUUGUUAGACUUGACCCAUGUGAAAGAUGUCCGGACGGGCAGGAGCACCAAAACUGCCAAGGAGGCCAAGCUGCGGGAGCUGCUGGACGUGGGCAACCUGGUGGGCCGGCUGGAGAACCGCAUGGUCACUGUGGUGACGGCCUCCGACAUUGUCAACGUCAACCAGAUCAUCUUCAUCGCCUCUCAGGAGGAUGAGGCCAAGGUGUGGUGUGAGGAGCUCUUUUGUUUGUCUUCCAACCUGCUGAGCCACAACCUCAACAGAGACCACAGCCUCCUCAAAGCGUACGUGAAGUUGACUGUGCAGCCCAACUCGGAGGGCAGAAUUCCCGUCAAGAAUAUCGUUCGCUUGUUUUCAUCAGACAGAAAGCGAGUAGAGAACGCGCUGGAGAACUGCCGACUUCCUUACGGGCGGGGUGACGCCGUCAAACUGGAGGACUUCUCUCUGGAGGCGUACAAGAGCUUCCUGGAGCAUCUUUGUCCUCGGCCAGAGCUGGCCAACAUCUUCCAAAUGCAGGGAGGCAAGGACAAAACCGUGUCGUUGGAUCGGAUGACGGAUUUCAUCAACUUCAAGCAGCGGGACCCCAGACUCAACGAGAUCCUCUACCCGCCUCUCAGGCCCGCUCAAACCCAGACGCUCCUCGAAAGGCACCAAAGCGACAAGACGCUGCUGGAGCAGGGCCUGAUCUCGCUGCAGGCCUUCUGCAGUUAUCUGUCGAGUGACGAGAACGGCGUCAUCCCUCCGGACAAACUGGACCAGUCUGAAGACAUGAGCUUCCCGCUGUCGCACUAUUUUGUCAACUCCUCGCAUAAUACAUACCUGACAGCGGGCCAGCUGGCAGGAAGCUCGUCGGUGGAGAUGUACCGACAGGUGCUGCUGGCCGGAUGUCGCUGCGUGGAGCUGGACGUGUGGAAAGGUCGCACAGCCGAAGAGGAGCCCGUCAUCACGCACGGCUUCACCAUGACCUCGGAGAUCUCCUUCAAGGAAGUCAUUGAGGCCAUUGCAGAGUGUGCCUUCAAGACAUCACCUUUCCCGGUCAUCUUGUCUUUCGAGAAUCACGUCGACUCUUUGAAGCAGCAGGCUAAAAUGGCGGAAUAUUGUCGAUCAAUCUUUGGGGAGGCAUUACUGAUCGACCCGCUGGACAAAUACCCGCUGGAGCCGGGCAUGCCGCUGCCGAGUCCUCAGGAGCUGAUGGGAAAAAUUCUUAUCAAGAACAAGAAAUCGCACAAAGCCUCCUCUGGUGGCGGCAGUGACGUCAAGAGGUUGACGGAGCAGCCGACCAAUCAGGACACGGAGCCCGUGUUGCCUAGCAACAACAACACAGAGAUAGAAGCUGAAAGCGAGGAAGAGGAUGAUGACGACGACGAUGACGGUAAAAAGGGCUCAGCAGAGCGCGAGGCCGUGGCCACGGAGGAGAUGUCCACACUGGUCAACUACGUGCAGCCCACCAAGUUCAACUCCUUUGAGGCCUCUAAGAAGGCAGCCCGCUGUUACCACAUGUCGUCAUUUGUGGAGACCAAAGCUCUGGAGCACCUCACCAAGUCACCAGUGGAGUUUGUGGAAUACAAUAAAUCGCAGCUAAGUCGGAUUUAUCCCAAAGGAACCCGAGUGGAUUCGUCCAACUUCAUGCCGCAGCUUUUCUGGAACGCCGGCUGUCAACUGGUGGCUCUCAAUUAUCAAACCAUAGAUCUGUCCAUGCAGUUGAACCUCUUCAUGUUUGAGUACAACGGUCGCAGCGGCUACAGGCUGAAGCCCGAGUUCAUGCGGCGUCCGGACAAACACUUUGACCCUUUCACCGAGAACACGGUGGACGGUAUUGUAGCCAACACGCUCUCCGUGAAGGUGAUCUCGGGCCAGUUCCUCACCGAGCGCAGGGUGGGCGUCUAUGUGGAAGUGGAGAUGUUUGGGCUUCCUGUUGACACCAGGAGAAAAGCUCUGAAAACUAAAACCUCUCAGAACAACAAUGCCAUCAACCCGGUGUGGGAUGAGGAACCUGUCGUCUUCAAGAAGGUGAUUCUUCCUACUCUGGCCUCACUGAGAAUUGCCGCCUUUGAGGAAGGAGGGAAGUUCAUCGGCCAUCGCAUAAUUCCAGUGUCUGCCGUACGACCCGGGUAUCGUUAUAUCGGCCUGAGGAACGAGAAGAACCAGUCACUUAUUCUGCCCGCCGUGUUUGUCUACAUGGAAGUCAAAGACUACGUCCCAGACACCUUUGCAGACGUGAUCGAGGCGCUAUCCAACCCGAUUCGAUACGUCAACCUGCUGGAGCAGCGUUCCAAGCAGCUGGCCGCUCUCACGCUGGAGGACGCAGAGGACGACGUGCAGACCGAGGACGAAGCAGAAGGCUGCGCCGAGCGUAAAAACGAUCCCAAGUCGGCGUUGGUGGAGAACGGACUGAGCCCGGCCCCCGGACCCACGGGCCAGGCUCCCGUCGUCGCGGCACCCAAACCCUCUGCGGCCAAUCAGCAAGCAGCUACUUCAGAUGCAGCCAAACCAGCAGCAAAGAGUGAAGAUUUGGUGUUAAGCGUUUUGAUAGACAUGCCCGUGUGCACGUUGGCCACCCUGCAGCAGUCUAAAUUGUACCAGAAGGAGCAGCGGCGUCAGUUCAAGGAGGUGAAGGAACUGGUGAGGAGACACCAGAAGAAGACCUCUGAGCUCCUGCGAGACAUCAACAACAAGUACAAGAAGACGGCCAGACAGUGCAGCAAGAGCAGGAGCUCGUCCGAGGAGCCUGACGAGCGUCUCCGCUCGCUGCGAGACGAGCAGUGCGAGCAGCUUGCGACGCUCCGCCGGGAGCAGUACUACAGCCAAAAGUAUCUGCAGAGGGAGCACAUCAAGACGCUGAACGAGCGACUCUGCAGCCUGGCUGAAGAGCAUCACAGCGCGCAGAUGAAGAAACUCAAAGACAUCUGCAACAAGGAGAAGAAGGAUCUGAAGAGGCAGAUGGACCGAAGAAGAACGGAGAAAAUCAACUUGGCCAAGACCAAAGAGAAACAUCUAGCAGAAGAAGAGAAGAUGGAGAUCAACAAGCUGUACGUCAAUGAAGUGGUGCAGAACAUCAAACGACUGGAGGAGACCCAGGCCAAGCGCCUCGAGCAGCUGGUGGAGCAACACGAUCAUCUGCUGCAGGAGAUACAGCAGCAGAAACCCAAGCUGCAGGGCGCCAUCGAGGCUGAGUUCCGGGAGAAGUUUGAGCGUUUGCCGGGCGAGAUUCGAGACUUCCUGCAGGACAGGAGGCCGGAGGUCAGAGGGCACAGCAAGUCCCGACCGUCCACCCCCAACGAGAUUCUUUCCGAGGACGACUGACCGAGCGGGAAAUUCCAAAGCAAGACAGCAGCUGUAGGCAGACUAAUUUUUUAUGCAAUGACGACUUGGACCAUGAGUUUGGAUCGUUGAUGUCCCUCAACAUUGAGGCAUAUUUCAAUCAUCUUCCAACCUACCAACUAACCGAGUUCGCAAACAGCCUGCCGGCUUCUCCCCUGGCCCACCCACCUACCUACCAAGCGUUUUGAGUUGCUUAGCAACCAGCUUUCUAGCCUCUCAGUCUAUCUAUCGUACAAUCAAGCCGGCUACCAGCAGACCGACCGUACCAUGUCUGACUUGCUGUAGUUUUUUUUUUUUUUCUCUUUGUCUUUUUUCUUGUUUUGCUAACACCCAAACUAAAUCCUCUACCCUGGACUGUGAAUGGGUUGAAGUAAGUUCGAAAUUUAUUUAUUUAUUUAUUUAUUUAUUUAUUUAUUUAUUUAUUUAUUUAUUUAUUUAUUUAUUUAUUUAUUUAUUUAUUUAUUUAUUUAUUUAUUUAUUUAUUUAUUUAUUUAAGCAAAUCAAAUUCCAGAGAGUAGAGCAACUUUAGAGCUUUCCUUUUUAGGCCAUGGGUGCAUCUUGAAAGGAAUGUGAUUUUUUUUUUUCUCUCUGCCACCCUGCAUGAAGUUUGACCUAUUUAUUUAAGCGAUACAAGAUGGCAACUUUCUAAUGGUGACUUUGAUACUGUAGGCCUCAUUGAAAUGUUGUCGCAUACAAACAAGCCAUUUCAUUUCUUUCACACACAACACUUUUCAAAAUACCCUGCUUGUGCAGCAGCAGCAUCCUCGUAGACUUUGUUUUCGCCUCUCUGUGUGAGGUAUUUGUUUUCAUGAUACUUUCAAAUAACAGCUCUCAAUCAAAAA